AUGCCAGCGCCCACUAAGCUCGUGCGGCGCCAUACCGAGGACGGGCGGCUGCUGCUCGUUUCCAACCGCCUGCCCAUCACCAUCAAACGCUCUGACGAGGGCAAGUUUGAGUUCUCCAUGUCUUCCGGCGGGCUGGUCAGCGGAUUGAGUGGCCUCUCCAAAUCAACUACCUUUCAGUGGUACGGCUGGCCCGGCUUGGAGGUACCCGAAGACGAGAUCUCGACGCUCAAGGAUCAACUCAAACAGCAGUACAAUGCCGUCCCCGUCAUGCUCGAUGACGAGCUAGCAGACCGUCACUACAACGGAUUCUCAAAUUCCAUCCUCUGGCCUCUGUUCCACUACCAUCCCGGCGAAAUCACCUUCGACGAGUCCGCAUGGAACGCAUACACCGAAGCCAACCGCCUGUUUGCAAAGGCAGUCGCGACAGACGUCCGGGACAAUGACAUGAUAUGGGUGCAUGACUACCACCUUAUGCUUCUUCCGGCCAUGCUGCGCGAAGAAAUCUCCAACAUGGAGCAGCCGAAGAAGAACGUGAAGCUUGGAUUCUUCCUGCAUACGCCUUUCCCCAGCUCCGAGAUCUAUCGUAUCCUGCCCGUCCGCAACGAGAUCCUGCUCGGUGUCCUGCACUGCGACCUUAUCGGAUUCCACACCUAUGACUAUGCCCGGCACUUCCUAAGCAGCUGCUCACGCAUCUUGGGUCUUGCGACUACACCGAACGGCGUAGAAUUCCAAGGCAAGGUCAUCACCGUCGGCGCCUUCCCCAUCGGCAUCGAUCCAGAGAAAUUCGAUGAAGGGCUCAGGAAGCCGAAGGUGCAAGAACGCAUUGCGACUCUAGAGAAGAAAUUUCAGGGUGUUAAACUCAUUGUUGGUGUAGAUCGCCUUGACUACAUCAAGGGCGUCCCGCAGAAGCUGCACGCUUUGGAAGUAUUUCUCACAGAGCAUCCGGAGUGGAUAGGCAAGGUGGUUCUGGUCCAAGUUGCAGUUCCAAGCCGCCAAGACGUCGAAGAAUACCAGAAUCUGCGCGCAGUGGUGAACGAACUUGUCGGGCGGAUCAAUGGCAAGUUCGGCACUAUCGAGUUCAUGCCCAUUCACUUCAUGCACAAGUCGGUAUCUUUCGACGAGCUCAUUGCGCUCUAUUCGGUAUCCGAUGUCUGCCUCGUCUCCUCGACUCGCGACGGAAUGAAUCUGGUGUCCUAUGAGUACAUCGCAACGCAAGAGAAGCGCCACGGCGUCAUGAUCUUGUCCGAGUUCACGGGGGCCGCCCAAAGCUUGAACGGCAGCUUGAUCGUCAACCCUUGGAAUACCGAAGAGUUAGCAGAUGCAAUUCACGACGCGGUCACGAUGGGUGAUGAGCAGCGCAAUCUGAACUACCAGAAGCUAUCUAAGUACAUCAGGAAAUACACUAGCGCUUGGUGGGGGCAGUCCUUUGUCAAAGAGCUUACAAGGAUAUCUGAGCAAGCCGAGCGGAAAGUCAGGUUCGGACCGCGCCCAUCCACGUCCCAAGGCAAGACGAGCAUGCCGCUCGCCAACGUUGCUCCUCGUCCGUCUACCUCUAGUGGUACCUUACCCGUCGACAAUAAGGAGACUGACGGCUCUGCUGUGCCUACGAUCGAUAAGGAGGCUGAGACUGCAACAACGGCCAUCCCCGUCAUGAAUAAAGACAGCGCUGGCAAUGCGACGACCGAUGCAGCUCCGCCCGAACUGAUCAAGGAGGCAGGAACGAUCAAUCCGUCCCAGUCGCGCGAGCACGAGGCACACAUAGCAUCUGCAUAG